CUCGCCGAACGUGGUAGACAGUUCUUCUUCGGUCCUUCUUCGGUCCUCAGAUUCGGAUUCGUCCUCUUGCGACUUUUGUCUAGCGGAAAGUGUCCAGUCCCCCCAAAAAGCAGCCAAAAUGAAAUUCCUAAUCAUGACCAUCUGCCUGUUCGUGCUGGCGUUCGCCCUGACCGCGGCCCUGCCUGCCGUGCACGACGAGGGUAUCUUCGGUGACGAUGGAACCGCGGACGAUGCCUUCAACCCCCAGGACCCGCAGGCCUUCCUGCUGAAGAAGCUGCUGCUCAAGAAGAAAUUGCUGCUGCUCGGUUAAAAAGAAGCUUUAUCCCCCCUUUCCCCGUUCCCCUUUCUCGCCUAUAAGCAAAAGACCCAAUCAUCUCGCCGUUCUAUAGCUGAUAAGAGAAUACAGAGAGCCAGAGAGAGAGGGAGAGAAAAUCCAAAAAACUCACAUAAGACUCAUGCGAACCGCAACCAAGAUGCAACAGCAAACAGCAGAGUGAAAGAUAGAGAGAGAGUGAGAGAGCAAGACUUGGGGGGGCAGACUGUGUUUGCUCCUUUCUUGCGACCACAAACCCGAACCACCACCCUCUAGCGUUGAGCCUCGCAAGGUCAGCGGCAUCGAGUUCGAUCGAGAUGUCAAACCCGGGACCCGAGAGAGCUCCGGCUUCUUCUCUAAGGUGCAAUACUCUUAUCACGUCGCUCGAGUAUCGAGUAAGAAGACGCGGGCGUUUCGUUUUUUUUUUUUACAAAAACCUAUUUUUUAGCAAACACAAACACCUUGCCUCAGGACACCAGUUAGAACGUGUACGAGUGUGCGCGUUCGAUAGCUACGAGGGUGCUAGAAUGGAGACAAAACACGAGAGAAACACGAGAAACCGUGUCUCAAACAUUCAAACAGAAAAGAACAUA